CUGAGUGGCUGAAGCGCCUCUCGUGCGCUCGAGCUGCAGGAGUGUAGAUCUUCGCGACGUUGCUGGAUGAGUACGGAACCUGCGCGGACGCUCAGUGAACUAUCGCUUUCUUUCUGGAUUGUUUUACAUUUCUGAUGUUUCUCAAUUGCUCUCCGAUGCAGAGAAAUGGGUAAACUUAAUUCCAAACAUGCUGCUAUUUGUAAAGCAAGGGAGAGCCCUGAAGGCGAUAGUUUUGUAGUUAACGCAUGUUUGACGAGGAAAGGACUGGAUGAUUGGAUGGUUAAACAGAAGGAUUACUGCUCGAGUUCUCGCGUAGAUCAACAGGAUUGCCAGCAGAAAAAUACCUGCGGACUCUCUCCACGGAACCCAGUGGAUGAAGGUUAUGCUGAGGGUAUCAGUGAUGACCACUUUCGUUUAGAAGUGGCCCUUCCCCCUGAGAAGACUGACAGCUGCAGUGUGGAAGAAAGAAUGCAGGACACUGAGGGGUCUGCCCCAGUUGGACAACACAAACGACUACAGUUUGAGGAGUUGGAGUGCGCUGUAUCAGUAGAGGAAGAUAACAGGCAGGAGUGGACUUUCACCCUUUAUGACUUUGAUAACAAUGGCAAGGUCACGCGAGAGGACAUCACCAGUUUAUUGCACACUAUAUAUGAGGUGGUGGACGAUUCAGUGAAUCACUCUCCCAGCAGCAGUAAGACCCUCAAAGUAAAACUCUCCGUUGCCCCAGACUCCAGUCAGAGAUGGAGGAAGUGCACUCAAACCAACACAGAAACUCCCCAUCCCAGACAUAAGGGGGAAAAGUGCACUGGGGACUUCAAGACUUCAGAGAAAAAGUCAAGAGCUUUCCUCAGGUGUUACCAUGGCGGCCACCACAACCAGCAAGGCUCCCAGCGGCAUUGUGUAGAUGAAAACUUGGAGAGAAGAAACCAUUAUCUUGACCUGGCCGGUAUUGAAAACUACACAUCCCGCUUUGGAACAGCAGCUCCUGCCACAGAGCCAACAAAACCCAACAAUGCCACCCGGUCAUCCAAUCAAACACACUCUCGAUCUCACGAACCCGAGAAUGGCCACGCCUACCCCACUCACCAUCGGCGUUCACAUACCAUCUCCACAGAGAAUCCUGCCCUCCUCACCCGGCACACACAUGCACUCCGUUCCCCCAAAACACACCGUACCCCGCCCACUCAGGCCUCCAUUGGUCGGGUGAUGAAAAGAGGAGUACCCCCUCCCUCUGCAGUGCCCAACCAGACCCCACCACACCAAAGCUCAGGACCAUACCGACGACACAAACAGAGGCCUAAAGAAGGGCUCCACUAUCGGGCUCUGGGCUCGACCGUGACGUCCGGGCCAGUAGUGGAGAAAGAACAUGUGAAGGAUCUGCCCAGUCUGGUGCUGUAUGAAGGAGGACUUGCUCAGGUAGUUCAGCGGCAUGAGCAUCAUCACCAUCAUGAACAUCAUCAUCACUACCAUCACUUCUAUCAGUCCUGAAGAUGUUCUGUCAAACAGAGUCACACAGACAAGUACUUACAGGACAUUGCGUAGAUAAGAAGAAACACAUGGAAUGGCCAACUUAAGGCUGAGAAGGACAAAAGCCAUGUUCAUGCUAUAGUGACAGACAUUGUGUGUUGGUAUGUGUGUGUUGGUAUCUGUGUAUGUAAAUGUGUGUGUAAAUGUGUGUAUAUGUGUGUGUAUUCAGAUAGUGUGGGCAGGUGGUCUGUAUGUUAGAGUGUGUGUUAAUGUAUUCAGUCCUCUCUUUGAGAGCAGGGGCUUUGGACAGAUUUAUGAACUAAUUAAGGGCUUUAUCUCUCUCUGCCACCCUUGUUCUCUAUCUUUCUGCAUCUCCCUAUCUCAAUUCUUUUCUGAACAUCUGUAUGACUGGCUCAAUGCCCACUGAGGUUGAAAUGGUGGUCAUUCAUGUUAAAUGAAGAACUUUGAGUUAUCAAACCACAUUUGAAGGAAUACAAUUACUUGGUUUGGUAAUUUUCACAAAAAGUCUAUUUGUGUGUGUGUGUGUGUGUGAGAGAGAGAGAGAGAGAGUGAAUGUGUGCAUCUUUGUGUGCCUAAGGUGUUUUUUUAUUCUUAUUCUGUUUGUUUUUUUAUUUGUUUUUUACACUGAAGACCACUUGAAUAGCACUUCUUGUGCCAUUGUAUUUGAGACACUUUACCUUUGAAGAUGAACUUCUCACCGAAAGAACAGAUCUGAAUCAACACCUUUAAAUGCAAUACAGGACACAUGUACAGACAGUCAGACUCGUCAAAAGAAAGCACUACAACUGCAAUCUACCAGACUACAUGAAGAAAACAGAGCAUCAUAAUCAGCUGCUACCUCUAGUAUUAUUAUGAUUAUCUGUAUUAUUAACAUAAUUUUUAUCAUUCAGAUUUUGUUGUUUGUUUGUUUAUUCUAAUAUGCCACCAAUCUGCAUUUAUAUUGUGAUAUAUGUUGUCAAUAUGUACUGGAUUUAAAUCUAUUUUAAGUUUUAUUACUGAUAUAUUUUUAUUCAUUAAUUUUUUUCUAUCAUUAAUUUUUUUCUGUCCCCCUAACUGUAAGCUAAUUGCAUUGUAAGACCACUAGGUAUCUAGUUUACAGUAUAUUGUAAUUAUGUGUAUCACAAUAUGAGAUCUUAAAAUAAUCUUUUGAUGAUCGUAGUAUAAUGUUCUGAAGCUUGUUAAAAAUAAUUUAUUUGAAAAACAUAUUCCUGUCAGGUUUAUUGCAAGUCAAAAUGGGUCUAAUCCAAUGUUUGGAAAACCUAUUGAAUAUAGUUUAUAUUGUAUGACAGUAUUAUACCUUAUAUUGUAUCUUCUUGUUUAGUUUCAACUUUCCCCUGUUUUCAGUUUAGUAAGUCAUAAUCACAAUUCUCAUAUUUUGGCCUUUGUUGAGUGAAAAAGAAUUGGUGCUGCCAAGGAAAGAUAGUAUUAUCUUUUCUCAGGUUCUUUUCUCAUUAGUUGAUGAGAGAAGAAAAAUAUUAUCUGAUUUGAAGGGAGUGGUCAAGCACUAUAAAGUUUUUUUGAUGAAAUUAUUUCAUAAUUCAAGUUGUUCAGAAAUCUUAUGAAUCCAAGAAUUUGUCCUCCUAUGAAUUAGGACACUGUAGACCAGGGGUCGGCAACCUAUGGCACGUGUGCCAGCAUUGGCACACAGAGGGGUAAUCACUGGCAUGCCAGCAACGGCGAGAGAGGAGUAGACUAUUUUAUUUAUAUAAAUUCCGCACCGGCAUUCCAAUCUACAUCUUGAUGUAAUCCAUAUUCAUGAUCAUGCAGUGUGUUUUCAUGAGCUGAAUGGGAGGCUAAACAAAAAGUUAAAAUGUGACAAGACUGCAGUAUAGGCCUACCCAACAGACUUGUGCAGUGCGUGCAAGCCAUUCGCUCAUCACGAGCCGGCAGCGCUUCACUUUCGGGUAAUCGUGUGAGUUUCUGGUGAUGGCACAGCCAUUGACCAGGAAAAUAGAAAAAUGACACUCCAUGUCAAAAAGGUUGCCGACCCCUGCUGUAGACAGUAUGAUAGUGCCUUUAGCUCACUUGGUUUUGGCAAAAAUAAGAUUUGUAGCAAGAAAACAAGUCUGGUUAUUUGGAGUUCAUGUAUUUCCUGCAGCAGUUUUUAAAAGCAUUUAAAUUGUACAUUAUGAAUCUAUUUCAGCUUUGAUGGAAUCCAAGUCAUCUACAGGGAGUUUGUGUGUGUGUGUGUGUGUGUGUGUGUGUGUGUGUGUGUGUGGCAGCUGUCUCAUUCCUUAUGUGGUGGAUGACAGUAUCACCACCUAGGAGUCUCCAGUCCUCCCAUAACUCACCAGUACCCCACUGUCAGAGUUAAUAAUUGUGCGUGUGUUUGUGUUUGAAACCAGCACUAUGGAAGGUUAUGAGACAGAGAAGCCCGCUUUCAUACUCAGGUGGUGACCAGGUGUAUAAAUACUGUAUAAGGUAUGAUAGAUGUUUUACAUCUUGGCUGCAUCCCUUUCACAGAAACAUGCAUGUGAAUAUCAAAAGUUUAAUUUGUUCCAUCUAGUAGCAGUCUGACACUUACGCUUUGCUAAAAUGCAUCAGUUUUUGGCCCCAGUAGGAAUUGCAGUCAUAAAAUAUCAAACAAGACAAUUAUUGUCAGUGAUGAGAAUGCUGACCAUUAGAACUGUUAAAAUAUGGUGAUAAUUAGGAUUGGUUAGAAGCUGUUAAACCUUCCUGGUAUGUCAUCUGAGUGAGAGCAGAUGACUGCUCUGCUAAGGACUCACUAAACUACACUUUAGUCUAGACAACCAACCUGCAUCUUCAGGGUGGUCUCAUCACAUCUAGUAAGUUAGUGACACUUGACCUUCUCUCAGUCUCGCCAUUGCUGUGGAAUGAAUGUAUGGUAUGGAGUUUAGCACACCCCGCUCCACCCGUCCUUCUCAUUUUCUCCUUACUCUCUUGACAGCACAAGGUGUUAUGUACUUCUACCAUUUUAAAUGUGCACAUAUGAGUGGACAUCAAUUAUUGUGACCGUUUUCUGAUAGGACACUAAAAUACUAAAUUGCUACUGAAAAAAACCCAUGAAAAGGUAGACAGAAAUCCAUAAACAGUAGUGUUUGAUUCAUUAAUAUUCUGCAGUAUUUUUCAGAUUCCUUUCUAUCUUUAUUCAAAUCACCACAUUGAUUUUGUCUAUCUGUUUGAAUCAGUUGUGGCCUGAUGAAAAUACAAAAAAAUUAUAUAUAUAAAUGUAUUUAUCACACAUAUACAGUGAAAUUCUUUUUUUUUUACAUAUCCCAGCUGAGCUGGGGUCAGAGUGCAGGGUCAGCUAUGAUAUGGCACCCCUGGAGCAGAUAGGGUUAAGGGCCUAACAGUGGCAUCUUGGCAGUGCUGGGGCUUGAAAACCCAACCUUCUGAUCAGUAACCCAGAGCCUUAACCACUGAGCCACCACUGCAUGAAUGGACUGCCAUCAUGAUAUCAUGAUGAUCGGCUAUUUUGUAUAGCAAUAUUUGUACCAAUAACAUUUCUUAUUUCUAAUGUGCUUUUGUUAGAGUGGUUAACCGUGUUGGAGGACACAAUCUGUCAGACUAACUGAAAGUGUUAAAUGGAGGUGCUUGUACAUAAAGAACACUGGUAGCAUUUCAUGCCACACCCAAAUACUAGGCUACAGAUAAUUUGUGACUUUUCUUAAUUUUUCAUGCUUUAGUUUAGUUUAUAUAGAUGUAUCAAAAUAAUUGCUUUAUUUAUUUGAUAGCAGACCUGCGCCAAGAGAAGACCUUUCAUUAAAAG